AUGGUCCUUCUUGCCGCCGCAGUUUGCACAAAGUCGGGCAAGGCUCUUGUCUCCCGCCAAUUCAUCGAAAUGUCUCGAGCCCGAAUCGAAGGCCUUCUCUCUGCCUUUCCUAAAUUGAUGAGCUCCGAUUCGAAGCAUUCUUCCAAGCAACACACUUUCGUCGAAACCGAGAGCGUCAGAUACGUCUACCAGCCGCUGGAGAAGAUGUACGCGCUUUUGAUCACUACGAAAAACUCCAAUAUUCUCGAAGAUCUUGAAACGCUCAGACUUUUCUCGAAAGUCAUCCCAGAAUAUUGCCGGAAAAGGUACACUUAUGGAGGGCGUGUAAUGUACAAAAGCACAAUUGACGAGACUGAAGUGUCGAACAACGCUUUCGAGCUCCUUUUCGCCUUCGACGAAAUCGUCGCCCUCGGCUACCGAGAAUCCGUCAAUCUCAACCAAAUCCGCGUCUUCACCGAAAUGGACUCGCACGAAGAAAAGGUGGCCAUCGCCAUGCGAAAGUCACAGGAAGAAGCGGCCAAAAAGCAGCGAAAGGAGCAAAUGGCGGAAAUCGCGAAACGAAAGCGCGAAGCUGGAAAGGGCGGCCGCUUCGGUGGCAUGUCCAUGGCCUCCAUGAGCGGCGGCGGUGGAAUCGGCGGAGGUGGCUCUUCCAUGGGAUCGUCUUCAUCUGCCGGGGCUACUGUUGAGCCAACUGCUUCCAAGCCCACAAGGCCCAAAGCAUCCCGAGCCGGUGGAAUGUCUCUCAAAGGUAAAAAGUCUGGAAUCGACAGCUUCGUCGACAAGCUGGCUAAUGAAGGUGUUGCUGUGAGCUCAACUGCUGUGAAGAAAGAAACUACAAAAACACAAAUCCCUGCUGCUCUUACCGAGUCGGUUCACAUCAGAGUUGAAGAAAAGAUCCAACUCCAGGCGAACAGAGAUGGCGGCUUGGAUGAAAUGAUUCUUCAGGGAAUGAUGCUUCUGAGAAUUUCAGACGAAGAACAAGCAAAGAUCAAGGUCAGACUCGACCGAGAUGACGACCGAGUCAUGUGGCAGACCCAUCCUCAGGUCAACAAGAACGUUUUCAACUCCGAGUCGAUUGUUGGACUCAAGAAUCCCGACAAACCAUUCCCAGUCAACCAAGAUGUUGGCGUCCUCAAGUGGCGACUCCAGACUCAAGACGAAGACCAGAUCCCAUUGAACAUCACUUGCUGGCCGAAUGAAAAUGGAGACGGUGGAUGUGAUGUUUCUGUCGAAUACGAGCUACAGGAUGUUCACCAACACCUUGAACUAGCAGAUGUCACUAUCAGAAUUCCAGUUCCAUCAGGUGUUGGCGCUCCUAUCAUCAGCAACAUCGACGGGGACUACAAACACGACGCCAGAAAGAACUUCCUCGAAUGGACUCUCCCUGUCAUUGAUUCUUCAAAUGCUAAUGGCUCGCUAGAAUUUUCAAUUGCUGGCAAUCCAGACGAUUUCUUCCCAGUCUCCGUUGAAUUCCACUCGACGAAGAAGUCAUUCAUCAAUGUCGCUGUCAGUGGAGUCGUCGAAGCCGAUUCCGGCUCACCGGUCAAGUUCUCGAACGAAAACGCCCUACUUGUCGAGCGAUACGAAGUCGUUUAA